UACACAUCACCUUGUAACAGAAUCUGUGCGAGCGUUAAAGCAGAGUUUGGCGGUUGCUGUAGCAGCGGUAACAACAGCAUUCCCAGGGUUGCUGUAAUUGGAUGUUCAGCUGAAAAAGGGAAAGCCACUGUCUUACCUGGCUGCUUUCUGUUACAGGUUCCCUCCACACACACUCACCUCAGGGCCAGCAGGGAGUGCUCAGUGUUGUCAGGAGCACCCCACUGCGACGUUUAUCUAACACACACACUCACGCAAGUUUACCACUCCACCCACCCACACGCACCAACACACACUCGCCUUUUACCUCACCGGCAGCAUCAUGCUGAGCCAGGAGAUCUUGCAGAAGCUGAGGCUGCCACAUCUGGAUGAUGUCAGCCAGUACAUCAGGACUGUCUCCACCCCCAUGUUAGUUAGCAUGGGGGCAGUGGCUGCUGCGACAACCUACUACCUGGCAACACGACCCAAGGCCCUCCCACCAGUCUGCGACCUCUGCAUGCAGUCCGUUGAGGUUCCGGGCGGAGAGUUGGCACGCCGAUCAGUUCUGCUGAAUGGAGACGGUUACUUGACACAUUUCUACGAUGAUGCCAGAACAAUGUAUGAGUUCUUCCUCAGAGGGGCCAGAGUCUCCAAUAAUGGUCCCUGUCUGGGCUCCAGGAAGCCAAAGCAGCCCUAUGAAUGGAUGUCCUACAGAGAGGUAAUGGAGCGAACAGAGAAUCUGGGUUCAGCAUUUCUUCACAAAAGACACUCCAAGACCACCGACUCCCACAUUGGCAUCUUCUCUCAGAACAGACCUGAGUGGACCAUCAGUGAGCUGGCAUGUUACACCUAUUCUCUGGUGUCAGUCCCUCUGUACGACACACUGGGAACAGAAGCCAUCGCCUACAUUAUAGACAAAGCUUCCCUCUCGACUAUAGUGUGCGACGUGGUAGAUAAAGUCAACCUGGUGCUGGACUGUGUUAAGGACAGGGAACACUCUCUGAAAACCAUCGUUCUAAUGGAGUCCCCCAGUGCCGAGCUGGUCGGCAGGGGCCAACAGGCUGGAAUCCACAUCCUCAGCCUGCAGGAGAUGGAGGCUAUCGGGAAGGCCAACCAUCACAGACCAGUGCCUCCACGACCUGAGGACAUGGCUGUCAUCUGCUUCACCAGUGGAACAACAGGAAACCCAAAGGGAGUUAUGUUGACACAUGGGAAUAUUGUGUCCAACUGCUCAGCCUUCAUCAAAAUGACAGAGGUUUGCUGUCCACUGUAUCCAAGUGAUGUCCAUAUUUCCUUCCUGCCCUUGGCUCAUAUGUUUGAGCGAGUAGUGCAGGGGGUGAUGAUAGUGCAGGGAGCCAGGAUCGGCUAUUUCCAGGGAGAUAUUCUUUUGCUGACCGAUGACCUGGACACGCUGAAACCUACUGUGUUCCCUGUGGUACCCCGUCUCCUGAACAGAAUGUACGAUAAGAUCUUCGGGCAGGCCAACACCUCUCUGAAGCGCUGGCUGCUGGGAUUUGCCUACAGGAGGAAGGAGGCAGAGAUUAUGAAAGGCAUCGUGAGGAGAGACAGUAUCUGGGAUCGACUCAUCUUCCGGAAGGUCCAGGCCAGCCUCGGUGGUCGCGUGCGUCUCAUGUUAACAGGAGCUGCUCCCAUCUCUCCUGCUGUCCUCACCUUCCUCAGAGCUGCAAUAGGCUGUCAGUUCUAUGAGGGCUAUGGACAAACAGAGUGUACCGCUGGAUGCACCUUGACCAUGCCUGGGGACUCUAAUGCAGGUCACGUGGGAGCUCCUCUGCCCUGUAACUCAGUUAAACUGGUGGACGUGCCUGAGAUGAACUACCUGGCUGUAAACGGGGAGGGCGAGGUGUGUGUGAAGGGUCCUAACGUGUUCCAGGGCUACCUGAAGGACCCCGAGAAGACUGUGGAGACUAUUGAUGCAGAUGGAUGGCUUCACACUGGAGACAUUGGAAAAUGGCUUCCGAAUGGCACGCUGAAGAUCGUGGACAGGAAGAAGCACAUCUUUAAGCUGGCACAGGGGGAGUACAUUGCUCCUGAAAAGAUAGAGAACGUCUACUCGAGGAGUGAUGCAGUGGCACAGAUCUUUGUGCACGGAGACAGUCUGCAGGCAUGUUUGGUAGCAGUGGUGGUUCCUGACCCUGACUUCCUGUCUGGCUGGACCAAGAGGACCUUGGGACUGGAGGGCAGCUACCAGGAACUAUGUGGCAGAGCGGAAGUCAAGGCAGCCAUCAUGGAGGAUAUUAUGCGACUUGGCAAGGAAGGAGGCCUUAAGUCCUUUGAGCAGGUGAAGGCCAUCUACAUCCACACCGAGAUGUUCUCGAUCGAGAACGGCCUGCUCACUCCAACGCUGAAGGCCAAGAGGAACGAAAUGCGUCAACACUUCAGAUCUCAGAUAGACGAGCUGUACGCCGGGAUCGAAAUGUAGAAGGAGGAGGAGGAGAGCAAAAUGGAAGAAGAGACACAAGAGCUCUACCAAAGGUUUUUCAGAUGAAGAGGAAAGGAGGAGGCGGAGAGUGCAGUACAAGCUAAAGCACACAUGGGGAAGCAAAUGAAGGGGUUCUCUCAGACCAAAAGGAUCAUCGGCCGGUUUAGUCCUCGUGGCCAUAACACUAGAAACAACAGGAACAGGUCUUAAUGGAACUUGAUUCAGAGCAUUUAGAACAAAAUAAAUGACCAAUAGGAUCUAUGGCACCGACUACAAAACCUCCGAGGGUCCAGAGUAGAUUGUAUGCUUAAAAUCAAUGUUUCUGUUGAUGACGUAGUUUGGCCUAUGCCACGUUCAGUACAAAUUGUGUGAUCAUAUUUUGAUUCAGGUCUUUUUGUGAUAUUAUCUCAAUUAGGGGCAUUUUAAAGGGAAAUAUCAAAGUGCAGCUCUGUAGCAUCAGAUAUCUCAGGACUCCAGUGUCAGGAAACACACACGGUACCUCUGACGCAAACACACGCACACGCACGCACACACCUUCUUAACUUUAAGGAUAAGGAGGGAAGACUCAGACCACCGAAACGGGUUCACCGAUGGUUAGGAGCCAUAUUGAUAACGUUUCAGUCUCUUUGAUGAGAUUUUUUUAUCCGAUCUUUCUUGAGUUUGUUCAGUAGAAAGUUGAAAUCCACAAUGGAUAACAGGAUUGUUUCUGUUGGGUCCUUAAAAUCGUUUCAUGAAUAAGCUUAGGUCCAGUUAGGACCCUGGGAAACCAGCACAGUGAGCCAUACUAAAGAUAGUCUAAACAAAGCUAGCUGUACACAGGGAAUUCAGGUACUAAAGAACAAUCAGGACAUUUGUCAAUGUUUUAAUGUAUUUAUGAUGGUAACAGGAAGGGAAGAGAUUUGUUGAAUCAGUUUUCUUAAAUUAUUAUAAUAUAGUAGGGUGAAACUAUACAGCUUGAAUGAAAUCCUCUUGAAUAUUUAUGGUUUUAAUUUCAUGGAAGUACUUUUAACUGUGGUCUUGCUAUGAUUGUUUUUACUGUCAUUUCAGAUUUGUUUUGUAAAAAUUGUAAUUAAAAAUCAUCAGAAGA